AUGCUUGAUGAUAAUGAUUAUUACGAUUAUGAUGAUGAUUAUGUUGAGUAUGAUGACGAUGAUGCUGGUUGUACUGAUGUUGAUAAUUGGAAUAGUAAUGUUGCUGCUGUUGUUGUUGAUGUUGAUGACUCAGAGGUAAUCCGAGUAAUGUUAUCUCGGUUAACAGGGUGGACAGGAUUAAAAUAA